GGUCCUACUAAAAUCUAAACUAAUAAGAUCCAUCAAACAACGACUUAAUUGACUGGUGGUAUUAUCGUUAGACUUCAACACGAAAGUUCCUGAUUCGAUCUUUUAAAUAACACUUUAACAAUAAAAACAAAACUAAUAUCACCGUCGUCUGAAAAAAAACCCUAAUAAGAUCCAACACAUUCUACUGCUUGAGGCAGGGGGGGUUGUUGUCUCUCGAUCAGCAACUGGGCGACGGUGAUCACAUGGAAGCCCGACCGGCCGGAUUAGGCGUUUCUUCUUGCAAGGGUACAGUGGUCGGGGCCCCAAGUGUGUAUUCUUUGCCGGGAAAAGCCCACGCCGGACCUCGUGAUCUUGCCCACUUCACCUUCCGGACUUGCCACGUCAGACCACAGAUGUGGACGUCCACGUGGAAGGGAGGCGGCAGAUCCGCCAUGUCAAUCACGAUGGUGAAAAGAAAGUCUCUCUCUCUAAGGGUAGCCUUCUCAAGCGUUGUCUGUCACAUCAUCUCAUUACAAACUACUACUGCCUACGCGGCCGACACGUCGGACCCAUGCACCCCCGCCUUGUCACCCUCCACCGGCGCUGACGUGCAUGUGGUUUUCCUUCCAUUUAAAUUCACUAGCUAGUUAGUUAGCUUGUAUUCAAUUCCACAACCGAUCCUAGCUAGCUAGAUUGCAUUUUUGUAUAUAACCAACACUUUCUUUGUAUUUCAUGCUUCGGUUAUGGGUAGGGAUGACAAUAGAAGUCGAAUUUGAGGUCGUAUCGACAUGAAAUACAUGAAUAAGAUUGUAGGAUAUACAACAUUUUAUAUUUAUAAGAAAUACGAUUAAAUUGUUGACUUGUCCUUAGUUCUUUUGAGGCACGACAGUUUCGGCUAUUAAACAUGUGUCUGCUUAUGGUUAUGCUCAACAUGAUCGCCAAUUAGAUGGCGAACAUAUAUAUCGGCUUGCUUUCAUGUGGGUUUUGUUGACUAUAUAUUUUAUGGAAUAUUCGAACCGAUGAAUUAUCUCGUCAUGAAAAUACAUGAUUGUAUGAUGAUAAAGGAAAAUUAAACACAACUUACCACAUUAUCCAAGAUGCAUGCGGUCGUCCCAUCUCUUUCACAUUAAUCCUGCCAUAUACAGUUCAUUCGUGAAAACGUGCUCAGAGGAUUGGACGUCAUCAGAGAGCGUGUUAUGCGCUUUGUGGUGUUGGAUGUGGACAAAACUGUCAUCAUGUUCAUCCAAUGAUCACAGAGUACCCAACACAUGAUCUGACGACGCCUAAUCGUUAUGAGCAUGUACGUUCUCACAUAUAUAUGUAGACAUUUGUGAGCAUUUAACAAAAUUGGGAAAGUAGCCAUCAUCGCCAAAAAUUGCUGCACUAUAUAACAAUAAUGCAGAAUAGAAAAUGAUAAAAAAAAAUGAAGUGAUGGUGAUCAAUGACUAGAAAUGGAAACCCUUUGCGAUUGUGGCCAGUCGUUCUUGAUUAAUCAUGGCUAGACGAUAGGAAAAGAGACCGAAGGGCAGUUGGAGUUGACAAGCCAAAGAACGUACGUAGAAGAAAAACUGUCUAGUUAUAUUUAUAUGGUGUGAAACUACAACACAUGCUUCGAUCCCACAGGAGAUGUCUCCUUUCACUCAUUGAGUUUGGUGAAUGUAUAGUUCUUUUCUUGAAUAACAUCUACAAACUUCUAUAAGGUCUUCUUAAAGUACAUAUUAUGAGGUGUCAAAACUCAGGAAUAGGAAAUAGUUAUGGCAUGUAUUGAUCCAAAAUAAACAUUGCCCAAUAUUACGAAAUUAAAGUUCGAACAAAUUUUUUUACAUACAACAUGAAAUGAUAGUGGAACAAUAUGAUCUUAAGUCGCUGCAUAUUCUUCCAGCCUUUCAAUGCACUUUGCACGAACAUGUAGUUUUAGUUUGAAAGUUUUGCUUGCUAGUCGCAAUCACAAUUGAUCAUUGGACAGGGGUGUGCCGCAACACAAUUAAUCAGUGACUAGAGU